ACCCUUUCCUUACCGGUAAUAAACAAUCAUGUAUUUUGUGUGUAUAUAUGAUAGUUACAUUUGUAUAAUAAAUUUUGCUCGGAUCACAAUACGUAAAAUAACAUUGAGACAACUGUCUCGGUAUAAGGGCUAUUGUACUCUCCGAGGAAUACACGUGUUUGGAUUAGAGUGUAACUUAUAAUUUACUUGAAUGAUUCUCAUUACGUGCUUUCAUGACAGUGUGGAAGGAGUAAUGCAUACAAUUGUCCAAGUCUGACAAUUUCUAUGCAGCAACGUCUGGAAGGACUUUUUGCACUGUACUGAUAAUAAAUUUAUUUUGGAGCUACGAGACCAUUUUCAACAAUCACGCACCAAUUUUACAGUGAUGACUGGACUGGAAGAUAUGUUUUAACAUAAUAGUGCAUAUUCCCUUACUGAUGGAGGUGUAUUUUGCUAUUGUGUUUUCCAAAGUUGGAAAUGUAUGUAAAAUGUGAAAGUCGUCAGUAGGGAGUCUGUGUUUUUGUUAAAUGGGCCUCUUUAUCAAGAAGGUCAAAACCAAACCGGACAUGAGACCAAUAUUGGAAAGCAGCUCUUCGUCUCAAGAUGGGAUAUGUGCCGUAGAGAACAAACGCAACUUGGUAAAGAAGACCGCCCAUGUGAACUUCUCCCGGCACGAUCUGAUCAUUACCUGCGACAAGGUGCCAGAUGGAACGUUACCGGACCCAGUGAACAGUCCUUCCAAUGUCACUAAAGUCGAGUCCAAGUCAAACAGCUCCCUACUGGGUCUGUUACUGCCUCUGAGGAGUCGCAGUCGCAAACACACGAAAAUUCAGACAAAAAUUGUAAUGUCGUCUCAAGGGAGGCGAUCAAGCUUUCCCUACAGGAAAAAGUCAGAUGCCAGUAAAAUACCAGCAUUAAAGGGCCUUCAGAAGAAAGGCGUCUCUAAAAGUCCUAGUCUGCCCAAAAAGCACCCGGUGACCCCUUCCCAGGAGGCAAUGAGUGCAGCAACAACGAAGCCACGAGCAGGGUCUAAUCUGGGGGUCCCGUACACGGACGACCAGCAACAGAUGCUGCGCAGCAGUACCGAGGACCUGGACAGUGUGGAAGUGAGCAGUCGCGAAAAUGGGAGCAGUGGGGAGGGAGGGAUGGACGAAAUGGACGGUCCCACACCCACAGACACUCAUACCCAUGACCCACUCAGGACCAAAACCGCCAUUGAACAGACUCAGGCCAAAAUACGCCGAACCAUGGAGAUGAUCAAGGCGGAACAAGCUGCCAAAGAAGAAAAUGUCAACGAAUACCUGAAGCUUGCUGCCAGUACUGGUGCUGACAAACAACAGUUACAGCGGAUUAAAACAAUGUUUGAGAAGAAAAAUCAGAAAUCCACACAGACAAUUAGUCACCUCCAGAAAAAACUGGAGAACUAUCAUAAACGUUUAAGUGAUAUAGAAACGUAUGGUGUGUCUGGACAUAAGCAGGCGAGGGAAGUUCUACGGGACAUGGGCCAGGGACUUAAGGGUGUAGUGGAUAAUAUCAAAGGUGCCAAAGAUACCAUCGUGUCAAAACCCAAGGAGUUCGCUCACCUCAUCAAGAACAAGUUUGGCAGUGCUGGAGACAUCAGUGAACUUAGUUCUGGUGUUACAGAGAUUAUGGAUGAGGUGCCAUCAUCGGAGGGGGAGAAAAGCCACGGUAGCACGCUGCCCGCAAGAUGUCCAGAGCAGUUUUUUAACCCCAUUCCGAUUCGUUUUAAGUAUGGGUCUGAUGACGAUAACAGCAGUAUUACAUCUGGGUCUGGGUUCGGAGCCCACAGCAGUCCUCCGUCUGUAUCCCAGAAUACAUCACAACAACUCCCAAUCCUCACACAGGCUAGUUUGGACCCUUUUGUCACAGAACUAAAGGGACUACACGACAGCAAUGCACUGCUACAUGAAACCCUGCAUUGUCUCAUCAAGGACUUCAAAGUCUACAGGGUUGAUACCCAGUCUGAUCUCACUAUGGUUAAGACAUACCUCGAGGAGGAGCGGUAUCGCUCUGAACGACUUGAGGAACAGAUGAAUGAUAUGACAGAACUUCAUCAGAACGAGGUUACAAAUCUACGGCAAGAUAUCAGCAGCAUGGAAGAGAAGAUUGAGUACCGACUAGACGAGCGGACGGGUGACCUUCACGAGUCCUUAGAAAACUGUCAAACUAGAGUAUCGAAGAUGGAACUUCAGCAACAACAGCAGCAGUUGAUUUCCAUGGAGAUGGUUGAUAAUGUGACAUUUCGAACUUUACUUACCAAGUUGAUCAAUGUUUUGUUAGCUCUUCUGGCCGUGGUACUUGUCUUCGUAUCUACAGGAGCCCAUCUGGUGGCUCCCUUCCUCACAACCAGAGCGAGGAUUCUCAGCACCGUUGUUUUGAUAUUUGCGUUGGUGUUAGUGGGCCAGAAUUGGGGAAUGAUAUCAACGACUAUAUAUAACAUUUGGAAUUAUAUCGUGGAGUUGUUGCCGCGACGAUAACAGCACGUGUAUUCUGGUUGUUAGUCUGACCUUCUAUAUACUGGAAACUGAUCAGUAUUUGGGAUUGGGCGACUGUCGGUGGAAAUGACUAUUAUAUUUGACACUUCUCGACACAAUACUGGGAUAUUGUCAGUGCUCGCAAUGAACGUUGCUCCAUACUUUUCUGGAAAAUAUUGAUGCUUGCAUUUGAUGUGAUGUAUUCUUGCCAAGAGAAGAUCUGGAAUGCGAUCUAGAUUUCAAAACAUUUGUGUGCGUUCUUCAGCAGUAAGUAGCUUGUGUAAUGGAGUUAACAUAAUGUGACAUUUUUAAAAGUGUUUCCAUCUGGAAUUUUACACAGAAUUCUGCGGUAGAAUUUUACGUAAAGACGUUAAAGAUGGAUUGAAUAAUUUGUAAAAGUGAUAUCCUGGCUUGGAUACGAUUGAUUUGAAAUCAGACAUUUGGAAAACUUAAGUGUGAAUAUGGUAAGUUUAUAAAGCUCCCUAGCACAUAGAUUGGAGGACUGGAUGGUUGUGCUGUGAGAACAUCUCCAGAUUUAGUCAUGCUCGUGUCAUGAGGUUGUGAAGUAAGGCAUUACAGAGUGGUCAGUCAGUCGAGACCCUAGACAAGUGAUCUAGAGGUCAACCACACUGGUCAAACGAAUCUAGUUAAAUAGCUGACUACAAAAACUAGCACUUGAGAACAAAAUACUGUUCCAUCCAGGAAUUGUAACAGAUGAUUUUCGUUUUAAAAUGAGAGUUAUGUCCCUUGCCAAGCAAGGUUAUUGAAUAGUUAUUGAAUUGCUUUGUUGUUGAACUGUAUCUCAUGAAUAUUUUAAUUUCCACAUGCAUUGCAUGUCCCGUGAUAUAAGGUGAUAGAAAGGCGGAGCGAGUUAUAUCCGAUUAGUUUUAGAUGUGUGUCUUUCAAUGUGAUAAAUGUGCUACACAAUACAAACGUAAUACAGGUUUAAUAUACAAAUACAGUAGAACACUAUUCACUCUCAGAAACACCUCUUCUUACUCAAGCUUAAGUCUCACCUUUUCCUUACAAAAAUUAAAACACAAAUCUAUAUCAUGCAUGUGUUACUGUACUUAAAUGACUUGUUUAAUUUCAGUAAUGAUUACCAUAACUUAAGUAUGCAUAAUCAAUACAAGUACCUAUCAUUAGUAUCCCAACAUAAAGAUUUCACUCGCGGUUACUUCCCUUGACGGCACAUUUGCAAGGUCAGUGAGAUACCUUCUCUUAUUCUGUCUGCUGGUGGAUCUGUGAAGCAAUCAGACUGAGGAUGGGUUUUGGGCAUUACACAAGGUACGAUCAUUCUUUAGGAUCCCUGUUCCAUUGCGCUGUGGUUUCUCCUAUAUACAGUAACCUCCCCUUAACUUCAGCUUUAAUUGGAUAUAGAUAUAACUGUAGCACAGUUUGGCCAGGGCACUUCAGGUGUCCAGGUAACUCAAUCAAUUAGAGCGAAAGUAUAACAAUCUGAUGUUCAGAGUACGAAUCCCGAUCUAGCCCCACUCAAUAUUUGACACUCGGAACAAUGCUGUUGAUUAUAUUUUGUUUUAUAUAUCUUUAUUAUGUCUCUUAAAAGUCUCGCAAGGUAUGGUUGUCUUUUCAAAAAUGAUUUUUCAAAGCUAAUGUCAUGCCAGAAAAAACAGUGUCCUAUCCUACAGUUUUUGACAGUGGUACGGGGAUCCUUAAAUUGAUUUCUCUCUGUAGUAGUUACAUUCUGAGGACAUUUGGUCCUGUGGUUGAAGCAGCCAUGCCAGCAGACUUGUCGGUGGAACAAAACCUCUUUAACCAUGAGGAGUCUUUCCCAUCUCUUUUUGUUUUAUUUGGGGCAUCUGGGGGUUCCUUAACCUUUGUGUUUCUCCUGCGACUAUCUUGGAGGAGUAAACUAAGAGUUUGCCCGUCUUGCUGGGAUUUCAGAGUAUCCACUGCAGUACAUUCUCUUAAUAAAGUUGUGGUAAAUAUCAUUAAAAUGAAAUUGAGGUUUUCAUAUUGUAAAACAUAUUUUCAUGAUAUGGUAUUUAACAUAACAUUAUGGACUCGAACCUCCUUUUUCCUUCCUCUGUAGCCCUGCAGUGUCGCCAUUGUUUUGAAUCGGUGGAUAACCAUGUCCUAUCAUGAUAUAUAUGUUGGGGCAAGAUGAUUCUCAUCAAAGAAAUCUUUUGUUUUGGGAUACAAAGUAUUAAAUAUGCAUACUAAAAUUAUGUUAAGGAUUACAUCAUAAACAUUUGUUUAACAACGACAAAAAUUGAUAUCUCACAAAAAAACAAUCCCGAGAUAUAAUUUCCUUUUCUGAUUGGAUAUUUGAUGAAUGCCCAGGGGAUUCACAACUUCUGUGAAACAAAAUUGUAUGAAUCAUUAAAAUUGUACAAGGUAAAUUAGGCAAAAGUAAAAAA